AACUUCCAUUUCGCAAAAUGUCGGUCGAUGUGUCUGGCGUGUCCCCCGGCACCGUCCUGGUGAUUGGCGGCAGCGGAUUCGUCGGCAGGCACUGCAUCCAGCACCUCCUCCGCGAAGGCGUCUCCUCCAUGCACACGCUCAACUCGCGCAUGCCCCCCGAAGAUCGCAGAAUCGCUGGCGUCGAGUAUCAUGCCGUAGAUCUUGGCAACGCUGCGGGUGUCGAAGGUGUUAUGCGGCUCGCCAAACCAAAUGUCGUGAUCCACUUGGCUUCCCCACGCCCUUUCAUCGAGCAAGCACCGGUAUACGAGCGCGUCAACAUUCAGGGCAUUCGAAAUAUACUAGCAGCAUGCGACGCCGUGGCCGUCACCAAGGCCUUCGUCUACUGUUCAAGCGUUCCGGUCAUCUUUCGCAGUUGGACCGAUAUCGUGGGCGGCGACGAGUCAUGGCCGGUGCUUUACGCCCCGGAACAGAAGGAAUUCUACUUCCACAGCAAGGCGAUGGGCGAAAAGCUCGUACUACAGCACAAUCGACAGAAUAAGCAAAACAUGCUAACGACCGCGCUCCGAGUGACGUCCAUUUUCGGAGAGGACGACUGGCAGAUUAUUGGCGGUUUGAUUUCGCGAGCAAAAACGGGGCAACUCAACACGCAGAUCGGCGACGGCAAGAAUCUUAACGACUGGACUUACGUUGGAAACGUCACCGCAGCCCACGUCCUCGCUGCGAAACGACUUCUACGUGCUGGCGCCCACUCCGACCCUCCCGAACAGCGGGUGGAAGGGGAAGCCUUCUUUAUCACGAACGACGACCCACGCCCGUUCUGGGACUUCGGCAGACAGGUGGCCGCCGAGGCAGGAUUUCCAGUCCGUCCCGAGGACAUCAAGAUUCUUCCAGCGAUUAUGGCCUAUCUGAUCGGUGUCGUGGCCGAGUGGUAUGUGUUCCUUACGAGCUUCGGGCGACGGAAAUCGCAGGUGUCCAGAGCGGUGCUGCAAUUUGCCGUCAUCAACCAGGUCUUCUGCAUCGACAAGGCGAAGAGACAGCUUGGCUAUCGGCCGCUGGUUAGUAUUGACGAGGCUAUCAAGCGCUCGGUAGCCUCGUUCCAAGAGCGCGAUGAUGGCGAGUAUCUGGCAAAAACGAAGUAGCAUCGCCGACACCCAAGACUAAGUGGAUCAAGAUUGCAUAAAUAAAUCAAGACUGCUUCUGUAAACAAAUAUAUCCAUAC